AUGGAAGUAAUCAUGUUCUGCUGUCAGGAGAGGCGCCUGGAAGCAAAAGGGCAGAAGGGUGCUUUAACAAAGGACAGGGUGCAGAACCAUUCCAUAACAAAGGACAGGGUACAGAACCAUUCCAUAACAAAGGACAGGGUGCAGAACCAUUCCAUAACAAAGGACAGGGUGCAGAACCAUUCCAUAACAAAGGACAGGGUGCAGAACCAUUCCAUAACAAAGGACAGGGUGCAGAACCAUUCCGUAACAAAGGACAGGGUGCAGAACCAUUCCAUAACAAAGGACAGGGUGCAGAACCAUUCCAUAACAAAGAACAGGGUGCAGCACCAUUCCAUAACAAAGGACAGGGUGCAGAACCAUUCCAUAACAAAGGACAGGGUGCAGAACCAUUCCAUAACAAAGGACAGGGUGCAGAACCAUUCCAUAACAAAGGACAGGGUGCAGCACCAUUCCAUAACAAAGGACAGGGUGCAGCACCAUUCCAUAACAAAGGACAGGGUGCAGAACCAUUCCAUAACAAAGGACAGGGUACAGCACCAUUCCAUAACAAAAGACAGGGUGCAGCACCAUUCCAUAACAAAGGACAGGGUGCAGCACCAUUCCAUAACAAAGGACAGGGUGCAGCACCAUUCCAUAACAAAGGACAGGGUGCAGCACCAUUCCAUAACAAAGGACAGGUUGCAGAACCAUUCCAUAACAAAGGGCAGGUUGCAGCACCAUUCCAUAACAAAGGGCAGGGUGCAACACCACUCCAUAACAAAGGACAGGGUGCAGCACCAUUCCAUAACAAAGGACAGGGUGCAGCACCAUUCCAUAACAAAGGACAAGGGUGCAGCACCAUUCCAUAACAAAGGACAGGGUGCAGCACCAUUCCAUAACAAAGGACAGGGUGCAGAACCAUUCCAUAACAAAGGACAGGGUGCAGCACCAUUCCAUAACAAAGGACAGGGUGCAGAACCAUUCCAUAACAAAGGACAGGGUGCAGAACCAUUCCAUAACAAAGGACAGGGUGCAGAACCAUUCCAUAACACUUAA